ACUGCUCGCUCUUCUCCGAGCGCCCUGAGCUCGGCACCUCUAUGACUCUGAACCGCGGCGACAAGCUGCUCUACCUGGACAAGCGACGCUGCAGCAUGCCGUUCUCCGUGCAUCAGCAUCUGCACCGGCGAAGCAUGCCGGUGGACGAGCGGGACCUGCAGGCCGCCCUGCCAGAGGACGAAGUCGCUGGGUUGGUGCGCUGCACUUCGUACAGCCCCGGCGAGGCGCAGCGGGAGAGCUGGGCUUCCGACUCCUCCGACUCGGUCAUCUCCUCGGGUAGUGACUCCGACAGCAGCCUCUACAAAGUGAUCCUGCUCGGGGAGCACGGCGUCGGCAAGACCAGCUUGGCGCGCAUCUUCGGCGGCGUGGAGGACAGCGCGGAGGCGGAGGAGGCCGGAAAUACGUACGACAGAUCGAUUAUAGUUGAUGGAGAAGAGGCGUCUCUCGUGGUGUUCGAUAUAUGGGAGCAGGAUGACAGCCAGUGGCUUCAGAACCACUGUAUGAAGAUGGGAGAUGCUUAUAUUAUUGUAUAUUCAGUGACAGACAAAGUUAGCUUUGAAAAGGCUUCUGAGCUAAGAAUCCAGCUAAGAAGAGCAAGGCAAACGGAAGACAUUCCUAUUAUUCUUGUGGGCAAUAAAAGCGACCUGGUCAGAUCCCGGGAAGUCUCAGUUGACGAGGGACGGGCCUGUGCCGUUGUGUUUGACUGCAAAUUCAUUGAGACCUCAGCUGCUCUUCAUCAUAAUGUCAAGGACCUGUUUGAAGGUAUUGUUCGGCAGAUUAGACUUCGCAAAGACAGCAAAGAAGACAACGCUCGGAGAAUGGCCAACACAAAAAGAAGAGAAAGCAUAGGCAAAAAGGCAAGACGAUUCCUGGGGAGAAUUGUGGCAAAGAACAACAAGAAGAUGGCUUUCAAAGCAAAAUCAAAGUCUUGCCAUGACUUGUCUGUGCUUUAGGAGCUUUCAGAAAGGCCAGCUUGUUGCAUGUGGGUGAUGAACAAGCAAUUGACAGUUACAAGAACUGUACAGAUGAUCCUCAUGGUGAUAACAAGAAUGACUUACCAAUUGAGACUCUCGUUAAUGCCUUAAGGUGUGCAAGCAAGUCUGGAAGUUACAGUACAGUGUCUGCUUCAUUGAUAAAUGGUUUAAGUUUCAAUUUGUGCAAGCAAAUGAACUAAAUUUAAGUGGCUUGACAUGCCCACGUUUUCACUGUGUAUAUAUGUUAUAUAUCUUCUUGUCCUGUGGAUAUCAGAGAUGUUAAGAAAGGAUGAUAAGUAUCACCAUAGAUGUGUCUUGUUUGCAGAGCAAAACUUAAACUUGUACGCAGGCUCGUACGCUCUUUUUAGUAUAAAGCAAGCAAUGAUAAAUCUUUUUAAACUGAAACUUGGGGAUGGUGGAGUAGAACCACAUUAGAAUGUGACAAAACAAAUUAUAUAUAUUUAAAUACAGAACAGAUACCGUUUUAUGAAGUUAAUUUGCACUUACAUUAACCAUUCUUCAAUUAAUUUGUUACUUGUUUACAUGUACAUUUUAUAAUAAAGUAUUAUUUCCUGUUAUAAAUUGUGCUUUUCUCACAGUAUGGAUAAAAGACAGCAGUAUUUUUAUACUGACUUUUUUCACCGUACAAAACAUUAUGCACAGAUUUACAUGUGAAAGUUCUGGAACAAGAUGAAUUUGGAAUAUCCUGUGUCCUUUUCUUUAAUGGAUAGCUUCUUUAAGAUGUAAACCCUGCUUUUAUGAAUACUCUACUUUAACAGCUCAUAGGGGGAAGGGGUGCCUUCAGUCUGGUUCUCAGCUCUGGCCGGAACAGGACUGUAUAUAAUGCCUUGAGUUAGUUAGAUGUCUGGUGUCUAUAUUGAUAAAAAAGCCUGUAAUGUUCUCUGUUUUAAGUCUUCUCCUGACUUGAUGGUAUUGUAUUAUAGCCAAUAACCAAAUGUGGGGAUUUGGGUUACAUUUUGGGGAUUUUUCCUUUUCUGGGAGCAGUAUACUUACCUACUCUCAAGUCUGUAGAUAACCCUCUUGUGGCUUCAAAAAAUUAAAAGCAGACUGGCAAGGCUGCUUGAAACAAUUGUAGGCUACAGUUGUAGUUGUGGUGUAUGGUGGCCUUCAGUGUUGUUAAAGUUUUCAUGUUCAUUUUACUGUAUUAUAAUUAAUGUGUGUCCAUGAUUUUUCCCUACUUGCUAUUCAUGAAGUUGAAAAGCAAUCAUGUCUCAGUGAAAAAGUUGGACUCCUUGUAUUUGCUUUAUAAAUGCCUUUUCAUAGGAUGCAUUCUCUUUAAUACAUAAACUUACUUCUCAAAAAACGUAAAA